GGGAGGAGUCGGUCUGGCUUGAAAGAACGUGGUUCCGAAGAUUCUCUAGUGUUGACACCCUUGCAAAGUAGCCUACGGUUUCUGUAUACUCGUUUGACACCUCGUAAGCAAAAUACACUGAGAUAAUCAUCCAGCUCAACUGAAUUACAGGUGAAAUCAAAUGGCAUCAUCCUUUCGAAGCCUGGUAGAAGAUGAGAAUAGAUACCUCAAGUCAUUCCGACUAUUUCUGGAGCGCUCCUCUGAACAUCAGUGCAUGCAAGACUUCAUCCAAGGAGUUUUGCCUGAGAUCUUUACAAAAAUUGGAAAAGGAAAAAGCAGUCUCAAUGUCAUAGGUGUGGGCAGUGGAGCAGGUGAGAUGGACCUGCAGAUGUUCUCCCAGAUGCGUCUGAAGCUUCCAGGAAUCACAGUGAACAAUGAGGUGGUAGAACCAAGUGGAGACAUGCUCUUCAAGUAUAAGGUGUUGGUGUCAAAAACACCUAACCUUGAGUAUAUACACUUCACAUGGAAUAAGAUGACUGCGUCCGAAUUCGAGAGCCACUGGAAAGAGAGAAACCUGGAUAAGAAGUUUGACUUCAUUCACAUGAUACAGAUGCUGUAUUAUGUCAAAGAUCCUGAAGCAACCGUCUCAUUCUUUAGGAGUCUACUGAGUGAGAACGGGAGGCUGGUGAUCAUUCUAGUGUCUGGCCAGAGUGGAUGGGGCAAGCUGUGGAGGACAUACAGAGCAGAACUCUGCAACACUGAGAUCAGUCAGUGUGUCACCACCGGGGAUAUCAAAACCUUCCUGGACGCUAAGGGCAUCCCAUACAAAAACUACGAGCUCCCAUCAAAAAUGGACAUCACCGAGUGCUUCACAGAGGGGGACGAGAAAGGCGAACUGCUGCUGGACUUCUUGACUGAGGUCAUAGACUUUAGUAAGAACGCUUCUCCUGAGCUCAAAGCAGGUGUGAAGGCUCUACUGCGCCACCCAGACUGCAGCAGUGAGGAGGAUGGGAGAGUCAUAUUCAACAACAACCUCGGAGUGUUAGUCCUGGACCCAUAGGGGGUUGUUAAAUCAAAGGUGUACGGUACUCCUUUGCAUGACCUAGAUCAGCUGUUUCAAAGGAAUUAUCUAAUUAUCAGGUGUAUUUUUUAGAGUCGUUUUUAGACACAUUAAUGUAUGAAAACGCUUAUUUGCACACAUCAGGCAAUCAGACGUAGACAAAUGCAUGAUUACAUAUCAGAGAAAUGUAGUAAACAAGUCCAUAGCAGUGCUUAUGUUUUAUCUUAAAUCACUUGAUAAAAAAGAUUUUUUUAUGAUUAUUAGCAGCAAUUUGCUUAGGUCAAGGUGAAUUGUUAAUCAACACAAUGAAGAACCAGCCUCUAGAUCACAAAUGAUUUAUUACCACCCUUUUACCUUGGCUGUUUGACACAUGCUUGUGGACUAGUUGAACCCUUAUGAAAUGAUGGUUACAGGUCAUACUUUUUGUUGAGUUAAUAUUUCUAUAAAGAACACCUACGCCUUAUUCAAACAAAAGAAUCUGUCAUUAUAUUGCCCCUUCAUUUGUAUUGAAGUGCACUGGCAUGAAGACAAGCGGCCUGCUGUAACCUGUUGGAGCAUUCUGUUCACGGUUGUCCUUUCUUUCAGGAAAAAAAUGAGUUGUCAGUCCAUUCCACCAGAUCACUCAAUCUAGUGUGGAUAUCAUGUAAAAUCCUGUAAAAUCAUAUGAAAAGUUAUUAUUAAAGUUAUUAAAAGCCA